AUGGCACUUCUACGUGGAAGCAAGCUCUCUGUAGCUCAAAUCGCUCUUGUGGUCGCUCCUGCUUUUGUUUUAUUCGGCUAUAAUCAAGCUGGUGUUGGUGGACUUCUCUCGCUUCCUGACUGGACAAAGACUUUCCCAGAGAUUGAUACCACGAACACCACAGGAUCCGAGAAGAGUGAUAAUGCGACCUUGCAGGGCUUGGUUGUUGCGACAUUCGUCCUAGGAGCCUUAGUUGGUGCUUUGGCUUGCAUGUACAUCGGUAAUUUCCUCGGUCGUCGUAAGAACAUCUUUUUGGGAGGUGCUCUGUCACUUGUUGGAGAAGUUCUUUGCACUUCUUCUUACGGUCUUGCUCAAUUCAUCGUCGGUCGCACAAUAAUCGGACUUGGUGUUGGAAUUCUGAGCGCCACUGUGCCUGUAUGGCAAGCUGAAUGCAGUUCAGCUGCCCACCGAGGAAAGCAUGUCGUUCUAGAUGGUUUAUUUAUGACAUUCGGAUACACCCUUGAGUCAUGGGUCAACCUUGGAGCAUCGCAAAUUAAAUCUGGACCUAACAUUUCCGCUUCGUGGAGAUUUCCGUUGGCUCUUCCAAUCGCAUUAUCGAUCAUGCUGAUGGCUUGUAUCUUCACGAUGCCCGAGUCCCCUCGUUGGCUUAUUCAAAUGGGGCGUGUUGAGGAAGCCCGUUCCAUUCUAUCGAAACUAAAAGAUCUCCCAGAGGAUGAUCCUGUGAUCAAUGCUGAGAUUGAUGGUAUUCAAUAUACCCUAGAAGAGACUACUGUGAAAAAGGCCAGCAUGAAAGACAUGUUUACCAUGGGACCAGAGAAGCUAUUCUACCGGUUCUGUCUCUGCAUUCUCUUGCAGUUUUAUCAACAGAUGUCUGGAAGCAAUCUAAUUUCCGUAUAUGCACCAGUCAUUUUCCAACAAAACCUCGGGCUUGAUGGUCAGACUUCGAGAAUUUUGUCGGGAGGGACCUUAACAUGGAAAUUCCUCUCUUCAUUUGUGGCUUUCUUCACAAUUGAUCGUUUUGGCCGACGACCUCUAUUCAUGUUCAGUGGUGUAGGUAUGGGAUCUUGUAUGCUUGCCCUAGCCAUCUCAACCUCGUUCCCAAACAGCAACAAAAGUGCGGGUGUUGCAAGUGUCUUUUUCGUGUUCAUGUACAACUUCUUCGUUCCAAUUGGUUUCUUAGGUGCAAACUUCUUGUACUGCGCCGAGGUGGCUCCAGUCAAGCUGCGUGUUAGUAUGUCGGCUAUUUCGACCGCCAACCAUUGGCUUUGGAACUUCGUUGUUGUUAUGGCUACCCCAGUCGCUAUCGCCAACAUCGGCAAUUACUACUUCAUCCUGUUCUGCGUUAUCAGUUUCUGUAUUCCGCUUUCGGUAUACUUCUUCUACCCCGAAACUAUGGGUCAGAGUUUGGAGCAGAUCGAUGCAGUUUUCCGAGACAACAACAAUCCACUGGCUAUUGUCGCCGCUUCAAAGAUACUCUCAAGCGGAGAUCCUAAGAAAAUCUAUCAGGAGAAGAAAUCGGAGAGCCGAGUGGAAAAUGUCAUUUCGGGCAAGGAAGAUGUUUAG